AUUCAUCUUACGUAUUUAGUUUUUAUCAGAUUUAUUAGAACCGAGUUGCUACAUUGUUUCUGAGUGGUUUUAGCUGUGUAGGAAAAUAUGGCUCUAAAGGGUAAGAUAGAGGCUGAAAUAGAAAUAAAGGCAGCCGCUGAUAAGUACUACAACAUCUUCAAGACCACUGCCCACCACGUUCCCACAGCCACUCCUGACAUUGUUCAGGGAGUUGAGGUGCAUGAAGGUGAUUGGACGACACAUGGCUCUAUCAAGGUCUGGAAAUAUACAGUGGAGGGGAAUGCUGAGGUUUUCAAGGAGAAGGUUGAAUUAGAUGAUGCAAACAGGGCAGUAACUCUUGUGGGUAUUGAAGGAGAUCCCAUGAAGUAUUACAAGAGCAUUAAGGCCACAUAUCAGGUUACUCCAAAGGGUAAUGGCAGCUUGGCGAAAGUGUCUCUUGAAUAUGAGAAAUUGAGAGAGGAAGUGCCUGCUCCAAUUAAGUACCUCAAUAUGAUGGUUAAUAUCACUAAAGACAUUGAUGCCCACCUUGCCAAAGCUUAAUUAGAACCAGAGCAUGCAGUAGUACUGUAAGAAAAACUUGUUGGUUUGUGUAAGGAAUAACUUGGAGUGGUCUUCUUAUUGUGUGUUAUGAUGAAGACUACCCACAUCAUGAGGUGGUGCUCUUUACUUUUUUAUCAUGUCUGGGAAUAAAACUCUGUAUUAUAUGGUGCGUCCAAAAAUAUGAAUGAAAUCCCUCUUGUGAU